GUGUUACGAAACAAGCAGUGAAGAAAGGGUGUGAUGUUGAGUUUGGGUCCUCACAGACUCACAGACUUGAUUGGAAACGAACCAAGUUGGAACAUUAUGGAGAACGUCAUUGAGGGUUCAUCUGUGGAUCAAUAUCCUACAAAUGCGUAUGAAAAUGUGACAGCCAACCAGCAGGACAACGGAGACAGCUCAGGAUUAGCUCAGCACUCAAGCAGAAGAGUCUACAGAUUAAUUGCUGUGGGUUUUGGGUCGCUGUUUGUCCUACAAGUCCUUCUUAACGUCUCCCUGCGUUUAGUCGACAACCUGAGCGAAGGGAGAGACCAGUUGACAUGUGAGAAAGACGGCCGCAACAUAUGUCCCCAAGACUGGAUAUACAGGCCCAGCUGCAGUUGUUACUUCAUCUCCCUUGACACUAAAAACUGGACUGAGAGUAGACAGGACUGUCUGGACAGAGGAGCAGACCUCAUGAUCAUAAACAGCAGAGCGGAACAAGUUUUCAUCAAAACACUGGGCCACAGAACCUGGAUCGGUCUGACUGACAGAGAAGUCGAGGGAACCUGGAGAUGGGUGGACGGGACAGCACUGACCGCAAGUUAUUGGACUACAACCGGCGAACCGAAUGGAGGAGCUGAAGAGAACUGUGCUGAGAUUAUCGGCAUUCACAUUGACCCGGUAUUGGCCUGGAAUGAUCUACCAUGUCACUAUGAACGGCGUUGGAUCUGUGAGAGGUCGUUGGUUCUGUGAGAGGUCGUUGGUUCUGUGAGAGGUCGUUGGUUCUGUGAGAGGUCGUUGGUUCUGUGAGAGGUUGUUGGUUCUGUGAGAGUUUGUUGGAUCUGUGAUAGGCCGUUGGAUCUGUGAGAGGUCGUUGGUUCUGUGAGAGGUCGUUGGUUCUGUGAGAGUUUGUUGGAUCUGUGAGAGGUCGUUGGUUCUGUGAGAUUCAGCCCUAACAUGUCUCUAACACCUACAAUAGUAUCCACGUCCAUUCCAGAAAACCCCAAGCAACAUUAUCUUAAACAAGUAAGGCAAGUCACAAUUAAUUUAGGGAAAAAGCAGGUUCCGCAUUUAUAAAAGUAAUGUUUUUUCUCUCUCUUUUGACUCCUUUCUCACAGGUUCCCCCCAUGCUCAUGUAACACGUGUUGAAUUCCUUUGUUGUAUAAUGACCCAGAGUCUGAAUAGUUCCAUGAAAAUCAAAGUCAAUCCUAUAUGUUAAAACACUUCUAAGAACUUUAUAUGGUCACUGAUAGUGUUUUAUAAUGGUCUCCCAACAUUAUAUUGUGAUAUGCAUGCAUAAAUGAACUUAUCUGUUGAUUUUUGAUCACUGUACUGUACAUUUUACUCAGGGGCACAACUUUCACUGGGGACAGGGGGGGACAUGUCGCCCCCCCACCCAGUUUUAAUCAUUGGUAUGUGAUACAAAACGAGGCAACGGUGUGCUUUAGGACCAUGCAGACGCCUCCGAGGUCUGGUAGGCUGUUUGGACUGUUUAUCCAACUGAAUAAAACCAUUUUUAACAUGUUUUUUUUUUUUUUAAGUUAUGCCCCUCCCACUUCUAAAACCCAAGUUGCGCCCCUGAUUUUACUACACGUCGUCAUUGGGCUAGCAUGACUAGUCAUGCCCCCUUUUCGUUGUUCAUUUGUACUUUGCAGAGGAUGUGGUGCAUUAGGGCAGCACAACAUUUGUUUUUGGAAGUUGUUAUUGUAAUUAUCAGCUACGUCAUGUGUUUUUGUUAAGAUAUUUUGACAAUAUUUUAUUGUUCUUAAGAGCACAUCAUGUACUGUAAUGUACUUAACACCUGGCUGUAAUUAACAAUGUUGUCUGGCUGAGGCCUAUAGGCUACUGGAUAUUUACAUUUAAAACUGUACAUUUCAUUUGUAAUUACAUUUUUAUGUGAAACAACAUUAUUGUUAUUGGCCCCUGUCUACAUUCACCUCUUUGGCUCGUUUACAUUCAUUAGUGAAUGACUCCUCUCUGGUGAUGUAUGGGAUGUGUAGUUCUAGAGUGUAGAGAACAAGUUGUACUGAUGUGGAUUAGAACAAACAACCCAACCAUCUAGAUACAGUGGUGGAUGAGAACAAACGACCUAACCAUCUAGAUACAGUGGUGGAUUAGAACAAACGACCCAACCAUCUAGAUUUAGUGGUGGAUUAGAACAAACAACCUAACCAUCUAGAUACAGUGUUGGAUUAGAACAAACAACCCAACCAUCUAGAUAUAGUGGUGGAUGAGAACAAACGACCUAACCAUCUAGAUACAGUUGUGGAUUAGAACAAACGACCCAACCAUCUAGAUACAGUGGUGGAUGAGAACAAACGACCCAACCAUCUAGAUACAGUGUUGGAUUAGAACAAACGACCCAACCAUCUAGAUACAGUGUUGGAUUAGAACAAACAACCCAACCAUCUAGAUAUAGUGGUGGAAUAGAACAAACAACCCAACCAUCUAGAUAUAGUGGUGGAUUAGAACAAACAACCCAACCAUCUAGAUAUAGUGUUGGAUUAGAACAAACAACCCAACCAUAUAGAUACAGUGGUGGAUUAGAACAAACAACCCAACCAUCUAGAUAUAGUGUUGGAUUAGAACAAACAACCCAACCAUCUAGAUACAGUGGUGGAUUAGAACAAACAACCCAACCAUCUAGAUACAGUGGUGGAUGAGAACAAACGACCUAACCAUCUAGAUACAGUGGUGGAUUAGAACAAACGACCCAACCAUCUAGAUUUAGUGGUGGAUUAGAACAAACAACCUAACCAUCUAGAUACAGUGUUGGAUUAGAACAAACAACCUAACCAUCUAGUUACAGUGGUGGAUUAGAACAAACAACCCAACCAUCUAGAUACAGUGGUGGAUUAGAACAAACAACCCAACCAUCUAGAUACAGUGGUGGAUGAGAACAAACAACCCAACCAUCUAGAUACAGUGGUGGAUUAGAACAAACAACCCAACUAUCUAGAUAGUGGUGGAUUAGAACAAACAACCCAACUAUCGAGAUACAGUGGUGGAUUAGAACAAACAACCCAACCAUCUAGAUAUCGUGUUGGAUUAGAACAAACAACCCAACUAUCUAGAUACAGUGGUGGAUUAGAACAAACAACCCAACCAUCUAGAUACAGUGGUGGAUUAGAACAAACAACCCAACUAUCGAGAUACAGUGGUGGAUUAGAACAAACAACCCAACCAUCUAGAUACAGUGGUGGAUUAGAACAAACAACCCAACCAUCUAGAUACAGUGGUGGAUUAGAACAAACAACCCAACCAUCUAGAUACAGUGGUGGAUUAGAACAAACAACCCAACCAUCUAGAUACAGUGGUGGAUGAGAACAAACGACCCAACCAUCUAGAUACAGUGGUGGAUUAGAACAAACAACCAGUGGCGACGACAUAUUAUAUUAUUAUUAUUGUAUUAUUACGUUUGUGUAUGUUUUGUUAUCAACGUAUCACUUUCCAGUUUAAAUGUCUCUUUGGACAAAGUAAAGUGUGUGGCUUUCACAUUUUCCAACUUUUACUUGAAUUAAAAAACAACAUGCAAACUGAA